GCUCAGCGCGCCUUCCAUCCAUCCAUCCUCACACAACAAGGAGCAGCUCAGCGACUCACAAAAACUUCUACACCGACCGUCGCUCGGAGUUUGUCUUUAAAGCGGACAUUUGAAGCUACAGGCGGACAGCCGCCGCCGCGGUCUCCACAGCGUGUCGGGGAGCUUUGCUAGCUGCUGCUAGCUUAUCGGUUAGCUUGGCCGGACUCGUUAGCCGCCUCAGAUGAGGAAAUAACCGGAUCAUUAGCUCAACUUGAAGCUAGCUCAGCCGACGUUUCUUUGAUCGGACGAACCGAAGCAAACAUGCAGGACCUGCUGGCCAACGUGGACCACAUCAAGUUCGACCUGGAGAUCGCUGUGGAGCAGCAGCUGGGAGCGCAGCCGCUGCCCUUCCCCGGCAUGGACAAAUCCGGGUCUGCUGUGUGUGAGUUCUUCAUGAGAGCAGCGUGUCUGAAAGGUGGGAUGUGUCCGUUCCGUCACAUCAGUGGAGAGAAGACGGUGGUGUGUAAGCACUGGCUCAGAGGACUGUGUAAGAAGGGAGACCAGUGCGAGUUCCUCCAUGAAUACGACAUGACCAAGAUGCCUGAAUGCUACUUCUACUCCAAGUUUGGCGAGUGCAGCAACAAGGAAUGUCCCUUCCUGCACAUUGAUCCCGAGUCCAAGAUCAAAGACUGUCCCUGGUACGACCGAGGCUUCUGCAAACACGGUCCUGACUGCAGACACAGACACACAAGAAGAGUGAUCUGUGUGAACUACCUGGUUGGCUUCUGUCCUGAAGGGAAAUCCUGUAAAUUUAUGCACCCCCGGUUUGAGUUACCUAUGGGAGCUUCUGAACAGCCUCCUUUGCCACAGCAAACCCAGAACCAGACAAAGCCUGUGCCUACCAUCGGCCGUUCGUCCCUCUCCUUAAUCCAGCUGACCAACUCCAGUCCAGGGCAGCGGCCGCAGAAUAACGUAGCGUCUUCUGGUCAGCAGAACAACAUGACGGCCAACAGAGGACCUCGUCCACUGGACCAGGUCACCUGCUACAAGUGUGGUGAGAAGGGCCACUACGCCAACAAAUGCACUAAAGGCCACCUCGCCUUCCUAAGCGGACAGUAACCUUCAGCGUCAAGGUCCAGACGCCUCGGUGCUGCAGCUCGCUGGCCCAGUGAGGAGACCAGGGGACGAGCAGCUGAAGAGAGGAGCCCCUAGGUUGAACCUAAAGACUCAAACUGGCACUUCUGUGUGCGACCUGACACAACACGUGGGAAAGAUGAACACAGCUAAUUCCAAUUUUUUUUUUUUUUUUGCCUCUGACACACUGUGGACACAUGAGAACUGGUUGAAAGACCCGAUUUGUGGGUUCGUCGGCAGUUUUGUAUUCAACAGAACACUUUAUACUGAAGGAGUAGGCAUUAAACACAGCAGCAGGUAUCUCCGUGGAGGUGCUAUCGUCACUUGCUGGUAUUUAUUUACUUGAGUCAAGUAAGUGCAAGUGCUACUAUUCUGUAUAAUUUAAGUGAACCUGCCUGUAGAUACAGACCUAACAUGAACGCUGGGCUGGAAACCGUUUGAACUCACUUGUUAUUAACCUGAGCCCACAUCCAGACCCACCACCACCUCAUGUUUUCUACAUUUCAGCCUGGAACUAGUUCAUUUAGCGGCCGGAGGUACAUCGGAUAUGGGGGGGAGGGACAAUAUGGAUCAGCUGGAGGACAAAUUCAGCUUCGUCAGUACAAAUAAAUGUUCUUGUUACA